UGCAGAGAAAUUAGUGACAGAAAAAUUAGUAAACAAAAUGUGAAACCUGACAGUCUUUUGCUAAAUGCAUUCAGUCUUGGGUCCAGACAGAUUUGUAUUUUGAUAUUAAAAAUUUACAAGUUUAUUGGCAAUUUGGGUGAAAAAGACAUAAAUUCACCUUGAGAGAGAGAGAAGAGAGAUUCCUUUUUAGGGUGUAGCUCUGCUUAGCUCCUUUAGGUUCUGCUGCUUCACAUACAACAUUCACAACUAGACUUUGCUUUCUUGUGUUCAGUUGCUUCAAAGCUACCAAAGCAUCCUCCUUUGAAUAGUAAAAGAGAAGAGAGAGUGAGAGAUGGAGCUUACUCAACAUGGGUUCUUGGAGGAGCUGCUAGCUCCAAUUAGAAGAGAGAGUUGGAGCACAUACUCUUCUGGGUUCAAUGAGUUCUUUCCUAUGAAUAAUGGGUGGAGCUUUGAUUCCAGUUUUGAAGAGAACCCAGUUCUGGUUUCCUCAUCAAAUCCUCAAUUUGGUGGGUUCUCUACACAAACUGAGCCAACCUUUGAAUGCCCAUUACUCACUGAGCAACAAGCCUCAUCAUUCCCUUUUGUUGAGGGAGGUGGAGUGCUCACAGUCCCAGCUGAGAUUGACUCCUCAUACACCAACAACAAUGAAAGUACUACCCCUCCAUUCCCACCGCAAGAUCAAGACUACCCUUCAAUGGUGGAGGAUGAGGAGUUUGGUAAUUUCCUUGGGAGUGAAAACCAGAGCAGCUGUUUGGAGUUAGAAGAGAGCAAGAAUGAUACUUGCAAAGUUGAGAUGGAACAACAAGGCAUUGGUAUCACUACAGACCAUGGUGACAUUCCUGUGGCUUUCAAUAUGGGAUUGUGUGGUGGAAAGAGAAGCUGCAGCAGCAAGUCUAAGAAGAUAGAAGGGCAGCCUUCAAAGAAUCUAAUGGCAGAGAGAAGAAGAAGGAAGCGCUUGAAUGACCGCCUUUCUAUGUUGAGAUCAAUUGUCCCCAAGAUUAGCAAGAUGGACAGAACAUCUAUACUUGGAGACACAAUAGACUACAUGAAAGAGCUUUUGGAACGAAUCAGUAAGUUGCAAGAGGAGAAAAUUGGAGAAGGUACAAAUAAGUUCAGCCCACUGGGUAUCAACAAGGACCUAAACUCAAGUGAGGUCUUAGUAAGAAAUUCCCCCAAGUUUGAUGUUGAGAGGAGAGAUAUGGACACCAGAAUAGACAUCUGCUGUGCAGCCAAGCCAGGAUUGUUGCUUUCAACAGUGAGCACUUUAGAAGCACUUGGCCUUGAUAUUCAACAGUGUGUUAUUAGCUGCUUCAAUGAUUUUUCAUUGCAAGCUUCAUGUUCAGAGGAUGCAGAACAGAGAACAAUGAUUAAUUCUGAGGAAAUAAAGCAAGCAUUGUUCAGAAAUGCAGGGUAUGGAGGGAGAUGCUUGUAGGAAUAAGGAAGAGGUCCAAGUGAGAAGUUGUAAUAACAUUGUCUUUGUUAAAUAAUUGUGCCUGUAUCAGAUCCAUCUCUCAGGCUAACUUUGUAUCAUAAACUCUCAAAUUUGGGCAAACUAUGUCUUCCGGAAGGGUAACUAGUCCUCAUCUAACAAAGCUGAUGCCAGAUAGAUAAUAACGAUUUCUUCUCAUUUCUUCUUC